CCAAUAUUUCCCACGUGUUCACCUGUCAUGCACCGUCGCGACUUUAUCGUCCACCUUUGUCGAUCCCCCACGACAAGGACAUUGGGAAACAAGGCGAUGGCAGGUGACGACUCACGUUCUCCGUCAGGCUCGGGAGACGCUUCGACGGAGCAGCAACAAAAGGUCCGCAGGCGGCGUAACGCCAUCUCGUGCCUAGAAUGCCGGAGCCGGAAAAUCAAAUGCGAUAGAAACGUGCCCGGCUGUUCAUCGUGCGUUGCGAGGGGUAUUCGGCAUAAGUGCAGAUGGGGCGACGAGCGCGACGAUCUCGAAUUAAAUCAUCAGCAGGGCACAGACGAUGACAGAGGAAACGCGGCCGGAAAGAAGAGGGCUCGGGAUGGAGGAGAUGGACAAGAGGGCGACGUGGAUCGAAUCGUGUCUGAAGUACUCAAGCGGCUUCGAGGAUCUUCUGCGUCGUCGCAGGACGCUGAAUCGUCCAUCGCGCUGGCGGCCGAGCUCGUAAGGGGAGAGAAACGGAAAGAAGAGAUCCUGCGAGACGAAAAGGAGGAGAAAAGCUGGGUCUCUGAAUCCUGGACUUAUGGCCAACCCCACCCACAGCCAGGCACCAAUGCCCGAUCUGAGCCCGUAGCCCAAGCCGCAGCACGGCCCAACCUCGUCUCGGCCUUCGAUGGUUUCGCUGUCGCCGAUAUGAGAGGUGGUCCAAACGCUCUCAUCAAAGAUCCAGUCGGCAAGCCAACGGUAUCGGGGAUGGUUCCUGCCGGCAUCCAGCUAGCUACCAGUGAAGAGGACUUCACUGAGCUUGUCGACUCCCUACCCAUGAUGCGGGCUCCUCUGGACGACAUCGUUGAUUUCUUCCUCGAGCACAUUGAACCCAGCUUGGGUGCAUUCAAUCGCGUCGUGCUAAGGAACCAUGUUGACCUCUUCUGGUCUUGCGUCACCGCGUUGCGAUCUUCCAUGAUGACAACAAACUCGGCGACCAAAAAGCGUUCUUCCUCUUCUUCUUCGCGCAAUCAGUCGACGACUUCCUACGGAGGCAACACCACAGCAAGCGCUUCCAAGCCAGGUAUCCUCGGCUCGAUGGGUUUCUCCGUCACUCCCUCGAGCGACGGCAGUGCUUCAUCGCCAGAUACUCACGGGCAUCCCGCUGGAAUUGCUUCCACGGGACUUGAAUCACCGACGCGGUUGGGCCUUGUUGCCUUGAUGCUUGUGAUCGUUGCGGCCAGCUGCGACAAAAUUACGAAAGCGGAAGUCAUCGCCAGGCGCAUCUUCCCUCACACUUAUGACGAGAGCCAAGUCCCGCAACGGAAAGAGGCAAUACUGAACCUCGCGAUGCGCUUCCUCGCCCAGUCCAAUUACCUUCAGCAGCCGACCUUGUGGACGCUCCAGACAAUCACAUGUGCCAAGUUCAAUUGGUUCGACAAAAAGAUGAUGUCGACAUGCACAAUCUGGAAUACGAUGGCGAUCCGUAUUGCUCAGUCGAUGGGCUUGCACAGGCUGGGCAGCGCAAUCGACGACGUGCGAACUAUGCGUCGGACCGGCCAUGCAUCGUGCACAGAGGAGGAGGACGAAAAGAAUGAUGGCAAUGCGAUCAACAUGGAAUUCGAUCCUCUUUCGGGCCAUUCUUGGGCAAGAAAGUGGCACAAGGCUUCGGUUUCACUAUUUGAGCGAGACAGUCUGUCGAUGAGAGAGCUCGGCCGUAAGGUCUGGAACAAUUUGACCUGCCACGACUGGAUUUUCGCCUCGCACAUGGACCACGCUUACAGCGUCACGACCAACAAGACAAGUCUGCCGUUGUGCAUGGAUGACGAGGACGUAGUGUAUCGCCUGCACACUAUGGAAGAAGGGGAGAUCAAAAAGAGGGUGUCGUUCGACCUCCCUUCGGAAAACAGCUACAUACUGUGCUUUCAUCAAAUCGCCAGGAUCAUCCGAGAACUCGUCGACUUGGAGGAGGAGCUAGAAGCGGAUUUUAGCUUCAAAGAGACAUGCAUCAUCAGCGACAAGCUCCGGGCUGUCCUAAGCGGACUGCCUCCCUACUUUCGCUUCGACGGUGUUUGCGAAUUGACCGAUGAGGUGCGCAGGCAGCAUGCCGACCGGCCCUAUCUUUCACUCCAGCGCGUCCUUCUCCACGAGCAGGUUCAUACACGAUUGUUGCGACUGCACCGGAACCAUAUCGGCCGUGGCCUUCGUGAUGAAGCCUACGUGGACUCUGUCUCCUCCUGUGCCGAGGCGGCUAGCGUCGUCGUCACGGUACGCGAUGAGCUGGAGCGUGUGCAGAGCCCCAUGCGCAACAUGGGCUUUUUCAAAGCCCACCUUUUCCAGGCCGUCUUAGUCAUCCAGAUCAUCCUCAUGUGGGCCACUUCGAUCCGUCCCUACGACUCGGCCACGGACGACCAUCAAAAGCGCCUGUGGUUAAGCCUGAAUUUGGCCCGUCUGGCCUCCGACAUGGACAAGUGCAUUGAAUAUCUGAGGGGCGAGUCGAUCGUGGAGUCUCCCAUGCGCAUCAUUGAGGCCCUUGCCAAGAAGCUGCGUUUCCAACUCGAAUCGUCCGUUGAUAAGGGUGCGACGGUCCUUCAGGCACCGUCUCAUAACGGACCCUCCGCUCAGCCGAAGAAAGACGCAAUGCCUUCUCCUGGCGAUGCCGCCGGCAUGUACCAGGCUCACUGGCUCUCUGCUCAGCCGAACCACAACUCCUCCAUGGGCGUGGCUACGCCCGUCGACGAGGGUGAAGCUGCUCUUGACCGAUUCCUGGCAGGCUUUGUUGUUCCCGUCUCUCAACAGCAACCUGCUGCUCCUCGAUUCGAGCAAUCAUAUCGUUCGAUGCAGAAUCAUCAGCAGCAUUAUCAGCAUCAUCCUACUCCCCACGACACCUUUGGCGCCUCUUCGAACCUAGCCGACACUUCUUUCCUCGACACGAUGUUUCCGCAAUACGCCGAGAAUGGGACAGACUUGUUGGGCGCACUUGAAUCUGCGCUGUACGCCUUUGGGGACGGCAGCGCCCCGCAGCUGCAGCCCAAUACGCAACCUCUUCAACCUAAAGAGGUACCUCUUCUCCCGUAGACACACACACGAACUGUUUUCUUACUUUGGGCAUGGCAUGUAACUGUAAUCACCCUGUCUUUGUGUCUUGAGACCCUCAUGUAUAAUGCUCUCGCGUUGACGCUCCUUGGAGGAAUCAAUCACCACUCUUUUGCCC